AUGGAAGACUCCGGUGCUCCAGUCUUGUGGCCGCUUGAGCACCGGGAGUGUGUCUCUGUAAAGCAACUUCGACACACACCCGAGGAUCAGCAACGAGGCCCCUCAAGAAUGACCAAGCCAGUUCCGACGGAAGGGAAAACGACAAAACAGCACCCCCCCAAAAGCGGCAUGAGACGAGACCCAACCCGGACUAACCCGGGUGCCACCGGCCGUGCUUUUGCUCCCCCUUUGCAGAGCCCACCCAAAGACUCCCAGCUGCUCACUGCCUUUUGA